AGCGGCGGAAACCGCGGCCGCUCCCGGGCCGCCGCCGCAGCCCGCUCCGCGCCUCUUCCCGCCGGCCCCGUCAGCGCCUCCCUCCUCGCCGCUCUGCCCGCAGCUAUUUCUGUCAGCUCCUGCGAACUCUCCGGAUCUUUGCCUCGCCUAGACGCUCUCCUGCGUUUUCCUCCUCACAUUUUUCUCAACUUCUCCCCCUUUAUCCUUAGACACCCUGUUUUUGCCUCCUCUUUUGAAUCGGGGAUUCCGGCUUAAGAUGACGCGUCUUCCUGACCCUCGUCCACUUCAGCACUGAAGGCUGAAAAGGAACCCUCACCUCUCCGCCCGUGGCAUCUGAAAAUUCUCAAUCUUUAAAAAGUCUUAAGAGGCUUAAGUCUACACAGGAACAGGACUGGGGACCCUGUCGACACCCUUGAGCCCGGUCCGGAACUGCGCGAGCGACCAGAACUGGGGUCGCGUCGAGCCCCGCGAGCGGGAGCGGGAGGGCGAGGGGAGCCCGGAGCAAACUUCAGCGUCUCAGCCACCGCGCUCCCGCAUUUGGAGGAGCCGCGUGCCGCCAGGCGUGGGACCCCACGGCGGACGAGCGGGAGCCCCGAGUCUUCCUCGCCUUCUCCGCGAGGCCAGAGCGGUGGACUGAGCCGCGCGGGACAGCAGCGGCCGAGGAGCCUGGGAGAAGAUGCGGGGCUCGGGGCCCCGGGGUGCGGGACGCCGGCGGCCCCCGGGCGGCGGCGGCGACACCCCCGGCACCCCGGCGUCCCUGGCCGGCUGCUACUCCGCACCCCGCAGGGCCCCCCUCUGGACGUGCCUUCUCCUGAGCGCCGCACUCCGGACCCUCCUGGCCAGCCCCAGCAACGAAGUGAAUUUAUUGGAUUCACGCACUGUCAUGGGGGACCUGGGAUGGAUUGCUUUUCCAAAAAAUGGGUGGGAAGAGAUUGGUGAAGUGGAUGAAAAUUAUGCCCCUAUCCACACAUACCAAGUAUGCAAAGUUAUGGAGCAGAAUCAGAAUAACUGGCUUUUGACCAGUUGGAUCUCCAACGAAGGUGCUUCCAGAAUCUUCAUAGAACUAAAAUUUACUCUGCGGGACUGCAACAGCCUUCCUGGAGGACUGGGGACCUGUAAGGAAACUUUUAAUAUGUAUUACUUUGAGUCAGAUGAUGAGAAUGGGCGAAACACUAAGGAAAAUCAGUACAUCAAAAUAGAUACCAUUGCUGCUGAUGAGAGCUUUACAGAACUUGAUCUUGGUGACCGUGUCAUGAAACUAAAUACAGAGGUCAGAGAUGUAGGACCUCUGAGCAAAAAGGGAUUUUAUCUUGCUUUUCAAGAUGUUGGUGCUUGCAUUGCUCUGGUUUCUGUGCGUGUGUACUAUAAAAAAUGCCCUUCUGUGGUACGACACUUGGCUAUUUUUCCUGACACCAUCACUGGAGCUGAUUCUUCCCAGUUACUCGAAGUGUCAGGCUCCUGUGUCAACCAUUCUGUGACAGAUGAACCUCCCAAAAUGCACUGCAGCGCUGAAGGGGAGUGGCUGGUGCCCAUCGGGAAAUGCAUGUGCAAGGCGGGAUAUGAAGAGAAAAAUGGCACCUGUCAAGUGUGCAGACCUGGGUUCUUCAAAGCCUCACCUCACAGCCAGAGCUGCAGCAAAUGUCCACCUCACAGUUAUACCCAUGAGGAAGCUUCAACCUCUUGUGUCUGUGAAAAGGAUUAUUUCAGGAGUGAGUCUGAUCCACCCACAAUGGCAUGCACAAGACCCCCCUCCGCUCCUCGGAAUGCCAUCUCCAAUGUUAAUGAAACUAGUGUCUUUCUGGAAUGGAUUCCGCCUGCUGACACUGGUGGAAGGAAAGAUGUAUCAUAUUAUAUUGCAUGCAAGAAGUGCAACUCCCAUGCAGGGGUGUGUGAGGAGUGUGGCAGUAAUGUCAGGUACCUCCCCCGGCAAAGCGGCUUGAAAAACACCUCUGUCAUGAUGGUGGAUCUGCUCGCUCACACAAACUAUACCUUUGAGAUUGAGGCAGUGAAUGGAGUGUCCGACUUGAGCCCGGGAGCCCGGCAGUCUGUGUCUGUAAAUGUAACCACAAAUCAAGCAGCCCCCUCUCCUGUCACCAAUGUGAAAAAGGGGAAGAUUGCAAAAAAUAGCAUCUCUUUGUCUUGGCAAGAGCCAGAUCGCCCCAAUGGAAUCAUCCUGGAGUAUGAAAUCAAAUAUUUUGAAAAGGACCAAGAGACCAGCUACACGAUUAUCAAAUCUAAGGAGACAACUAUUACUGCAGAGGGCUUGAAACCAGCUUCAGUAUACGUCUUCCAAAUUCGAGCACGUACAGCAGCAGGCUAUGGUGUCUUCAGUCGAAGAUUUGAGUUUGAAACCAUCCCAAGUAUAAUCACUGGUGAUCAAAGCCAGAUUCCUAUAAUUGCUGUGUCGGUGACAGUGGGAGUCAUUUUGUUGGCAGUGGUUAUCGGCUUCCUCCUCAGUGGAAGGCGGUGUGGCUACAGCAAAGCAAAGCAAGAAUCCAGAAGAGGAAAGAUUAAACUGCCGGGAGUAAAGACUUAUAUUGAUCCACAUACCUAUGAGGAUCCCAAUCAAGCUGUCCAAAUAGAACAACAAGAAAAACAAGAAGCUUCUGCUCACCUUGAAGGUCUUGGAGCAGGUGAAUUUGGUGAAGUUUGUAGUGGACGUUUAAAAUUACCAGGAAAAAGAGAAUUACCCGUGGCUAUCAAAACCCUUAAAGUAGGCUAUACUGAAAAGCAACGCAGAGAUUUCCUGGGUGAAGCAAGUAUCAUGGGACAGUUUGAUCAUCCUAACAUAAUCCAUUUAGAAGGUGUUGUGACCAAAAGUAAACCAGUGAUGAUAGUGACAGAAUAUAUGGAAAAUGGCUCUUUAGAUACAUUUUUAAAGAAAAACGACGGGCAGUUCACUGUGAUUCAGCUUGUUGGCAUGCUGAGAGGCAUCGCUGCGGGAAUGAAGUACCUUUCCGACAUGGGCUAUGUGCAUAGAGACCUUGCUGCUAGAAACAUCUUAAUCAACAGUAACCUUGUGUGCAAAGUGUCUGACUUUGGACUUUCCAGGGUACUGGAAGAUGAUCCUGAGGCAGCCUAUACCACAAGGGGAGGCAAAAUUCCAAUCAGAUGGACGGCCCCAGAAGCAAUAGCUUUCCGAAAGUUUACCUCUGCCAGUGAUGUGUGGAGUUAUGGCAUAGUAAUGUGGGAAGUUGUAUCUUAUGGAGAGAGACCCUACUGGGAGAUGACCAAUCAAGAUGUGAUUAAAGCAGUAGAGGAAGGCUACCGUCUGCCAAGCCCCAUGGACUGUCCUGCUGCUCUCUACCAAUUAAUGCUGGAUUGCUGGCAGAAAGACCGAAACAGCAGGCCCAAGUUCGAUGAAAUAGUCAACAUGCUGGACAAGCUGAUACGUAACCCAAGUAGUUUGAAGACGCUGGUUAAUGCUUCAUGCAGAGUAUCUAAUUUAUUGGCAGAACAUGGCUCACUAGGAUCUGGGGCCUACAGAUCAGUAGGUGAAUGGCUGGAAGCAAUCAAGAUGGGCCGGUACACAGAAAUUUUCAUGGAAAAUGGAUACAGUUCAAUGGACGCUGUGGCUCAGGUGACUUUGGAGGAUUUGAGACGGCUCGGAGUGACUCUUGUCGGUCACCAGAAGAAGAUCAUGAACAGCCUUCAAGAAAUGAAGGUGCAGCUGGUAAAUGGGAUGGUGCCAUUGUAACUUCAUGUUAAUGUCACUUCCUCAAGUGAAUGAUUCUGCACUUUGUAAACAGCCCUGAGAUUUAUCUUUAAAAAAGGGGGGAAAGGGAAAACAGUGAUUUCUAAACAUUAGGAGAGCACUUGUCUCAGCUACAGAUUUUGUAAUCAUUGUUUUACUAAAAUCUCCAUAUCUUCCUUCCAGUGUCUUCAUUUUUCAUGAAGCAAAUAUACUUACAUUAAAAAAAAAUGAAGUUCAACAUCAUCUUACAACAACAAAAUCCUUCUCACUACUUCUACAAAAUUUUGUACAUGAAAUAUAUAAUUAUAUAGCACCUUUAUAGACUGAAUUAAGGCAGCCUGUUUCAAAACUUCCAGGGAUCUACUUGAAAGGAAAAGUUUUAUAGCCAUUUGUGGGCUAACAAAAGCUGCAGUUUACUGAAGUUUACUUCGAGUCUUAAUUGUCUACAUAAGUGUAUUGAAGAGCAAUAUGAUUAGAUUAUUUCUUAAUAGAUAUCUUUUUUUUGUAAUUUUAAAAUGCUGUUACACAGCAUUAAGUUAUAGAAACUAGUGUAUAAACAUGUUGCUUGAGCAAGAACAAGUACAAUACAGGGUGUAUAUUUAUUUUUCUGUGUUAUAAAAUUUAUGUUUAGUUGCUCUUCUGGAGACUAUAGGUAACAAAUAUGUAUAUACUGUAUAAUUUGCAAUAUACCCAGGAACUGAUUUAAGUUAGAGCUGUGUGUGUGUGUGCGUGUGUGUGUGUCUGCUUGCACAUGUGUGUAUUACCAUUCUGCUUGCAUUUUAGUAGCGUUUUAAUUUUAGCAACAUAUAGGAAUGACUGUUUCAGAGUGUUAUACAAGUAGGAGAAAUAGGGAAGCAGUAAAACAAAAUUUAACACAAGCAUGUGUCUCUUUUCCUCUCAUGUGUCCAAAAGCUACUAAUCUCUUUGUUCACUAACAGGAAAUGUGUAUAAGAUUAAAUCCCCUUUGACUUCUUAAAAACACUUCGUGAUGUCUGUGACAAUGCAGUUCUUCUAGCCAUUAAUCUUGCACCCCUGUAAGAAAUUUCACCUUUCUGAGUCCCAGGAAAUAUCUUGUCAAGCAAAGUUGACACCAAAGGGCACAUCUUCAGCAGGAUGUAGGAGGAUUUAACUGUGCAGACUUCUGUCAAUGUUGUUAAAUCCAGGCACAUAGCACUAAGCAUCACUCUUAAGUGUUAAUACUUUACAACCAUUCCUAUUUUGAGUCAGUUCUAGAAAUUUUGAUACUAAGGCAGAAAUGGAAUGAUGAAAGAUAUAUACAUAUAUAUGUGCACAUACUUUUUUCCUCCUGAAUUUCAAGACUUGACCAGUUUUAUUUGUUAAUUCAUUUGAUAAUUUCAUUUUAUAUUCAGUUACUUUGCGUUGAAUUUAUUUGGAUGAACCAAUACAAAGUAUUACUUAAUUGAACUUAUUAAGGGAUAUAAGGUAUGUCCUAUGUAUGCUUUAUAUACCACACAUGGUGAAGAUUGAUGUUUGUAGUACAAAUUAUGCAGUUUAUUAGAAAUUACAGAAAACUGAGCUCCUGAAAUAACCAAUUUUUUUGUAUUAAUAGACUUUAUAAAAAUCACGGAAUGUCAUAUGCUUAUUCAGAAAGCAGAGCAUUUAAAUAAGAUAUAGCCUACUCAUGAUGAUGAAAGGCAGUAGGACAGUAUCUCAGAGUAGCCUGGAUUAGUGAAAUCCAUGGGAAAUAUAGCUGUUAUAUUAGUGAUACUCAUUUUCCAAAGUACUUGUUUUACUUCAAUGUUAGCAUAUCCAAGAAUAAACUUUUGGGAAAUAGCUUCAUUCCCUUCUGCCCACCCUUUGCUUAAGCAGGAAAGUAGCUCUUUGCUAAAGAAUAAGGAAAAUCCAAAAUAGUAACAAAAAAACAGUCUAAAGAAUAUUCAAAUGAUAUAUUGAGUUCUGUCUAAUAAUAAGGGCUAUAAACUACCAUGGGUCCACACAAACUAUGCUUCAAGUAUGAUCUAUUAGUUUAGUGAAAUUUCCAAAGAAAGUUGAGGAAGAUGGAUUUAAUAUUGUCUUGAUAAAAUCACAAGUAAAAAGGCAUCACCAGGGUUAAAGAGGCACUUGUUCAUCUUAAUAAACAUAAAAUUGAUGAAACUAGUUACUUUUGUACAAGAUAAUUGGAGAUUAUGUUACACUUGAUUGAAUUUUGUAGAAGUAUUUCAAUCUAAGUGAUAAAGUAACAAUUGAGAAACUUCAAAAUGAAAAAUAGACUUACUGAUUUAAAAGGAAAACUACCAUAUGUUUUAGAGCUGGUGGAUUAGCCACAGUUGCUUAAGACAUAACAAAGAUAUUUUCCAAAUUGUUUUCCAACCUUGCACAUUCAAAUAUAAUUGGGAGGUAGGGUGGAGUAUAUCUAAGUGACUAGUAUUUUAAGUUACAACAUAGAUGUAAUUUAUUUGCCUCCUUUGCAAUCUUGGUACACAUUUUGGAAAGUAAAUUGAAAGGAAAAUUAAAUAGCCUCAUAGCAUUCCUUGAUAAUUCAAUUUGGUUGAGAAUUCCUUAGGUAUGUCAAUAUGAUUUUAUGAUGAAUAAAAAGACUUUCAAAUAAAUGUACUCUCUGCAAAAAAAUAAAUAAAUAAGAGGAAAAAUGCCUUUCUAAAAUAUUUGUUCACCCCUGGGUAUGUCACCAAUUGGAAAGUGCUGAUCUCAUCUACAAAUGUGAGAAAUGAAACAAGGAGAGGAAACAGCUCUUAUGAAAUGCAGUGAGAUCAGGGUCCAGGGCAUGGUUUGACAAAUUUCCAUUGUGUGAUUUCAUAUUCUAUUGGUUCAUUUUGUCAACCACCAGACUACCAAAAAUAAAGCAAAGACUAGAUCAUUUUGGCACAUAUAAUAGAUCUGUCAAAUAAUAUGAUGUUGUUGUAACUGUCAGUAGUAAUAUCUUGAGAGGCAUGCAUCUUUCUCCAUAUUGGACUUUGAAAAAUUGGUAUAGGGAGUAAUUUUCAACUUACUGAUUCCUACUGAAAUAAUUUAAUUACUACUUUUACCAAUCAUAAGUUGUUUCUAAUCUUGCCAUUUGAUCACAUAUACAAUUAUAUACAAUCAGUUGUUCUUUUUGAGAUGUAUUAUUUAUAUGUAAAAAUGUAAAGAUUUUGAUUUUCCCAUUUAAAAAAAUUGUAACGUGCAUGGUCUUUUAUUGUUUGUAUUUUAAUCACCAAGUCAGUGUUCUAAAGUUGUAAGAUUACUAUAAAAAUUGUAUUCCAAUAUUUUAUUUAAACUUAAGUGUGGCCAGCAUUAUUAGUUUCAGAGUUGCCUAAACAAUACAGAAGAUAUUUAACUCAGUUUGUAAGAAAGUUUUGAUCAGUGUGCAAUGAUGAAGACACAGUUUGAUGUCUCAAGUUUAAAAUGGAAAUUUGUAUCAGUUAAAAUGGAAAUGAAUAUGUGUUUGCAUGUCUACUAUUUAAUCUCUAUGUGAAAGUAAAAGAUUUUUUUGACACCAUUCUUUUUCCCAUUUAAAGUGGGUUCUGGAAGCACAAGCAGAGAUAUUUUCUUUUGGAAGACAUAUUUGACUAUAAUGGUGCAUUGGAUGGGAAACAUUUAAAUGUUAGAAAUUUACUAGAUGUAUGAUGUUGCAUAGUAUAAUAAGAUCCCCUUUUUUUUUUUUUCAUUUUGUUCUUUCUAAAAAUAAGAAAAAAAAGAAAGCUAAGUGUGAUAGUGAACUGUCUUUGAUUCUGUCCUGGCAGAUGUUUAACUUCACAGUAAAUAAAAGUAGAUAGUACAAUAAAUAUGAUGAUGAUGACAAUGAAUAAAGAGAAUCAAAAUACUAGCUUUAUUUGAAAUUAAUAACUAGAAUAAGUCAUUUUUUUCAACUCUGCAGCACAGCUGGUUACAUUGAACAUUUUUCUCUAUUAUACUGUUAAUUAUAUAGUAAUGUAUCAAAAGAGAAAUAGAUAAGAACUUUCUUUUUAAUUUUUGUUCCUUUAUGAAGAAGUCUUUUCACACAUAAAUGAUUGAAUGUUCUUGUUCAGAAUGACCACAUAAUUAUUGCUUAGAAGAAGGCACCAAUUCUUUAAAAAGAAAAAAAAAUCUGUUUAUAAGAAACUAAAUCAAAUGUUUGUUUCUUUUAAAUGUUAAUGAAAAAGAUUGAAGGUGGUGGCAAAAUGUCAUGUUAAUUCAGGCUGGGGGCUGUAUUUACAGUAGAAGUUUCAGUGGUCAACAUAUAUGUGACUCUUUAGACUGCUGCAGUUUUACAGUUAAUUAUUGAAAAGUUUGUAAAUGACAUUUAUGCUAGUCUAAGAAUACUUAGACUUAGUCAUUUGUUAAUAUGUUUAUCAAAAUCUUUUAGUUUCAGUCAGAUCAGAAGCAGCUAUAUAAUCUAUCUUAUUCUAUGAUAGACAUCAGGAUCUCUUAAGUCCCUGCCUCAGAGUUAAUUCAAGGAAGGAUUAGUAUUUCUGUAUUUUUUUUCCAUUUUGAAGCUCUGUGUGCAUUUGGUUUGUGUACAUGUUUUUGUAGUGUAAGAUAUGAAAUUUUCUAUUUUUUCAGAAAAUAAAAAACCCUUUGAAUACAGUUAAA